GAUCUUCGGUCGCCGCCCAAUGAGCGCGCGGAAUGGGGGAAAAAAGGGCGUGAAGCCCAAUCGCAGCGCCAUCACACUUGAGGGCAAAGAGGUUAGGAAGCCGGCAUGGCGCUCCGGUCAAUAAAAUCGAUAGCUGGAAGCCGCCUGUGUUCCAGGCUAAGGCGGUGCGGUAGCAGCGCCGCCAUCUUCCCCGAAGGCAUCUUCCGGUGCCUUUUCCCCAAGUUCGGGCAGGAGUUGCCUGAAUAACAGCAAAAGAUUUCCGUUAGCCCAGCAGGGCGGCCGAUUCCGAUUCCCUCAGGGCCUCCCCAGCACGCUCAGCCCCGGUGCGGCGGGGGCUCCCAAAUCCCGGGGUCUGCCAAGGGUCCGGGCCGGGGAAGGCCGUGGCGCCGGCUUCUGGGGUCCAAUGGCGCCACCUUCGUCUCCGCUCUCCGCGCGGGGACCAGGAGAGCCCGUUCCCGGCCGGAGAAGGGGAAGGAGGCCGAGGGCGGUGAAGUUCGCAGACGUGGCCGUGUACUUCUCCCCGGAGGAGUGGGGCUGUCUGCGGCCCGCGCAGAGGGCCCUGUACCGGGACGUGAUGCGGGAGACCUACGGCCACCUGAGCGCGCUCGGGUGCUCAGGUCCCAAACCAGCCCUCAUCUCCUGGUUGGAACGAAAUACUGAUGAUUGGGAACCGGCUGCCUUGGAUCCGCAGGAGUGCCCAAGGGGGUUAACAGUCCAAAGAAAAACCAGAACCAGAAAGAAGAAUGGAGAAAAGGAAGUGUUCCCACCUAAGGAGGCCCCCCGAAAGGGCAAGCGAGGCCGGCGGCCCAGCAAACCCCGACUAAUCCCCAGGCAGACCUCUGGGGGCCCCAUCUGCCCGGACUGUGGUUGCACCUUCCCUGACCGGCCGGCCCUGGAGAGCCACAAGUGUGCCCAGAAUCUGAAAAAGCCUUACCCUUGCCCGGACUGCGGGCGCCGCUUCUCCUACCCCUCCCUGCUAGUCAGUCACCGGCGGGCACACUCUGGUGAGUGUCCCUACGUUUGUGACCAGUGUGGCAAGCGCUUCUCCCAGCGCAAGAACCUCUCGCAGCACCAGGUCAUCCACACGGGCGAGAAGCCCUACCACUGCCCUGACUGCGGCCGCUGCUUCCGGAGGAGCCGGUCCCUAGCCAAUCACCGGACCACGCAUACCGGCGAGAAACCCCACCAGUGCCCCAGCUGUGGCCGGCGCUUUGCCUACCCCUCCCUGCUGGCCAUCCACCAGCGCACGCACACGGGCGAGAAGCCCUACACCUGCCUGGAAUGCAGCCGCCGCUUCCGACAGCGCACCGCGCUGGUCAUCCACCAGCGCAUCCACACGGGCGAGAAGCCCUACCCGUGCCCGGACUGCGAGCGGCGCUUCUCCUCGUCCUCCCGCCUGGUCAGCCACCGGCGGGUGCACUCCGGCGAGCGCCCCUACGCCUGCGAGCACUGCGAGGCCCGCUUCUCCCAGCGCAGCACGCUGCUCCAGCACCAGCUCUUGCACACGGGGGAGAAGCCCUACCCCUGCCCGGACUGCGGCCGCGCCUUCCGGCGGAGCGGCUCCCUGGCCAUCCACCGCAGCACGCACACCGAGGAGAAGCUGCAUGCCUGCGAGGACUGUGGCCGUCGCUUUGCCUACCCCUCACUCCUGGCCAGCCACCGGCGCGUGCACUCCGGCGAGCGGCCGUACGCGUGCGACCUGUGCUCCAAGCGCUUCGCCCAGUGGAGCCACCUGGCACAGCACCAGCUCCUGCACACGGGGGAGAAGCCCUUCCCCUGCCUCGAGUGCGGCCGUUGCUUCCGCCAGCGGUGGUCUCUGGCCGUCCACAAGUGUAGCCCCAGAGCCCCGAACUGCGGCCCCAGAGCUGCUGCAGGGGGGGCCGCCCAGAAGGGCAGUGCCCUUUAGUACAGGAAGGACAGUAGAUUUUCAUUUCAUUUCAUGGAGGGGCUCAGGGAAGGGAAGGUGAAGCCCCGGGUCAUACAAGGCAGAGGCAGAAGGAACACCCAGGUCUGCUAUGGCGACCUGAACUUGAGUCUGUCUCACCACACUGGCUGCCUUACCGGAUGUGUCUAGAACAGUCCUGUUAGGAGAGCUUACAUCACAUGGUUGUUUUCCAGGCUACCCUAUCCCAAAAGAAUUUCUGUGUGUGGAUGUCAGGGCUAAAAGUUCUCCCAUCCAUUUUAGGGGCUGUUUGCUUUUCUAGUUCGUGCAUACAUUUGGUGGGGGGCAGUAUCUUGCCCUCCUUUGCCCCUUCCUCCAUACCAGGUUUAAACAAACCUGGUUUAGCCCCCUUCAACACUCCUGCCAAG